AUGAACAGCUCAGGCAAAGAGACGCGGGCGCAGUUCGUGGACGAGUCGCACGGGCUCCCGCACGGGGGCAAGAGUAACCAGAAUCUGCGCAGCGCACUCAAGCAGCGGCGGCCGUCCGGCGAGGGCAACAGCGACUACGGCAGCCUGGUGGUGUCGUCGCCGCUGCUGAACUCGACGCCUCCGACGGUGACGAAGUCGCUGGUGAAGCUGUACCCGUACUUGGUCAUCGCGGACCGCGCGCUGAGCACGCUGACGUGGACAAACGACGAUGUGUGGGAGAGCGUGCUGAUGGUGAUAUGCUACGGGGCGGGGGUGGUGUACUUCGAGCGGCUGAUCAAGUUUUUCGGGCACCUGGUGAUCGUGGGUGUGCUGUGGGGGUACUCGUUGCUGGACAAACACGUGGAGGAGACGAUCAGGGACCGGCCGACGCUGGACGACGUGGUGCAGAUGAUGUCGCGGGUGGUGGCGAAGUCCGAUCUGCUGCUGUCGCCGGUGAGCGUGCUGAGCGGUAAUGACAUUAAGCGCCUUCUGUUGACAAUGGUGUUUCUAUCGCCCAUCUAUGUGAUUCUGACGCUGUUUGUGAUUCCGCCGCGCAAGUUUGUGCUGGUGGCGGGUGUGUACGUGCUCACGUACCACUCCUCGUGGUCGUCGGUCACGCGCAAGCUGCUCUGGCGCUUCAAGUUGGUGCGCCUGCUGGCCUUCUACGUGACCGGGCUGGAUCUGAGCGGUGUAAACAAGUACCAGGGGGGGAUCUUCGCGGCAGUGCACAAGAAGGUCAAGAAGCUUUCUGGGACAAACGGUGCAGACGACGGUAAGCCGAUCCGGUUUACAUACGUGCUCUACGAGAACCAGCGGCGCUGGCUGGCGAUUGGCUGGACUUCCAACAUGCUGAGCUACGAGCGCAGCUCCUGGACAGAUGAGUUCCUGAACGAGGCGCCGCCGCCGGAAAAGUUUAAGUUGCCUGAAGAAAACGGCGGGAUGGUGUGGCGCUGGGUGGACAAAACGUGGCGCCUGGAUCUAACGAACGACGGCGCAAUUCAUCUCCCAAGCUCGCGCUCCAAGACUACUGCAUCUCCUAACUCCGAUGAUGGCUUCAUCUACUACGAUAACACCUGGAAGAAACCCUCUACCGAGGACUCCUUCUCAAAAUACACACGCAGGCGGCGGUGGAUCCGAACUGCAGAACUAAUCAAGAUCGAUGCUCUCGGGGCCGCGGAGGGCGCCCAUGACGAGCUGUGCUCGGUAACCACUGAUAUGGGCAGCUCACCCUCACGCAACGUCAAGUUCGAGACCAGCACGCCGUCCAGCCCGCGCGCCAGGAAAGUAUCGUUCAGCAAGGUCGAAAACGUUCGGGUGAUUCACGCAAGCACUUCCGCCAGCGACAAGAACAAUACUCGAGGCGAACUAUCGGAGAGGACAAAAAAAGAGCCGUCCCCAGAAAAGGCAGGCGGCGCAACGGAGAGCGUUGCAAAGCCUCAGGCUCCUGAGAACGAUGGCAAGACGGACAAGAAAAACGUAUAG